UUCAUGGUGACAAUGGAAACAUGCUUCCCCAAUAGAGGUAAUCGAAGGCGAAGGAGAGCUCGUAUUCCUUUUACCGAUUUAGACAUCCAUAGGUAAUCUGUCUUCGUUGGCGUCCGUGACGGGCAUGAUGCCGAGAAUGAAUGUAUAAAAGAAGAGUGUCGAUCGCUACCCAUCGAUUAAAUCCUCCUACUGCAUUUAUCAAAGCCGACUUCUUUCGAUCGUUAAAACAUACCUAUCAUUAUAAUCGCCAUCCGCAAUGAUGCUCUCAAAUAUCAUGUGGAAAUACGCCUUCCUCGCUAUCUCGGCGCCCCUCACAUCUGCAAGCCAUCUAUCAGGUCGCCAGCAAAGCCCUUACCCACCAUCAACUUUCUCUAAAGGCUUCAAGCUCAUCGCCAACGUCACAGAUCGCGCCCACGAUCUCUCUCCAUCGAUCCACGGCUGGGCUCUACAAGGCGCGCACAUCGGCGCGGACCUCAACUCCGCCGUCCUAAACAACACAACGCCGGGAACCAUCUUCUACCAAAACGGCACCGCGAACGAAAUCUACCAUCAAACAUCCAACAUCCUCACGGACUCCAGCACUCCUCUCGCGCCCUACGGCCUAAUAAUGCGGUACCCGAACGAAACCUCCGACGUCGUAGCCUUAGGAAUCAACGGCGGCAGCGGCACGCCCGGCAUUACGCUAACGAACCCGCCAUACCCCAUGACCGAGCUGUCGGCGCCAGCGAGCCAGUUCGUCGCUUGCAAAGAGAAAAUCCCGUACUACCCCCCAGGCUGGGAGUUUGUGCUGGUUAGAGCGUUUAGGGAUGGGUACCAAGUGCCGGCGAACUGCGCGGUGGUGGACUUUCUACCGCAGUGUGCCGAGUUGCCCGAUUUGCCGCCAGGGAGCUACUCGACACACGAGUUUGCGAAUCUCGCGAGGUGUUUUGAGGAUCCUGCUGGCAUUGACUGGUCUAAGUACCCGGAAGUUAGGUAGAUAAAGGUCUUACAUCGGAGGGGGGGUUGAGUUGAUGAGUAGGGGUGUAAGAACUAGCGCCCUAGUGAUCUGUCCAUGACUUGCGGCUAUACAUAUGUGGCUGUCAAUGCUAGAAGAUCAUUCGACUAUUUUAUAGUUAUUAUUCCCGCCAAUCGAAUAUUGCAGAUUACUCAAUUUCAAGUUGCCUUCCCCACAUGCCAUCAAGGUCCGAUUAAUCCCCUGUGUUUAUCUCACCAUCAAGGUUCCCUCAAUGGGAGCUUUGAAAUACUACCUUUAUGAUAGGUACGACCGAGACAUGCUUCUGCAACAGAGACGUAUGUGUUGAUUGCGAAUUUCUAAGGGGUGUUCAAGUACCAUAGAUAAUUCAGAAGUACCGGAGAUAUCUCACGACGUGGGGAUGUUGCAGAAAGCCAACAAGGUCUUCGGGUAAAUCGUCCCAUGGAUAUCCCAAGUGGUGAUGAGGGUUCGACUAUGGCCGGUUCAUUGGCCAAUAGAUGCAGUGAUAAUUAUAAGCUUUUACCCUGGCCCUCUUCGACCUCAAUAGGGGAACAACAUAUCGUAUAAACUUGCCCUGCCCCC